UCCAUUUCUGGCUAUAAAUGACAGGACAAGAAUCAUUGAGAGUGAACAGAGAGAAGCAAGCAAGCUAGCUCGUAAGAGAGGUAUGGGAUCCAUUUCGAAGCCUCAUGUUGUUGUGAUCCCAUGUCCACUCCAAGGUCAUCUAAAGACUAUGCUUAACCUUGCAAAGCUUCUUCACUACAAAGGUCUUCACAUCACGUUUGUCAACACAGAAUUCAAUCACAAACGUUUCCUUAGGUCAAGAGGACCUCAUGCCCUUGACGACUUGCCUGGCUUCCAUUUUAGAACCAUUCCUGAUGGCCUCCCUCCUUCAGAUAUUGAUGCCACCCAAGACAUACCUUCUCUUUGUGAUGCCAUGAACAAGAAUUUCUUAGCACCCUUUAAAGAUCUUCUUUUACAACUCAAAAAUACCGUAUCGGAGAACAACCCUCCGAUUACCUGCGUUGUUUCUGAUCCCUUCGCUCCGAUCUCCAUCAAAGCUGGGGAAGAAGUUGGUCUUCCAGUUGUGAUGUAUGCCACUGUGAAUGCAUGUGGCUAUAUGGGAUUUAAACAGCUCCAUGCUCUUAGAGAGAGAGGCUUCACCCCAAUCAAAGGUAAUUCACAUGCUAGUCCAAGCAAAGUGGCUUUAUUACACCAUUAUACAACUUCUUUACCAGAAUGGGAUACCACUUUCUUGUAUGAACCCAAAUCAGUGGUGUAUGUGAAUUUUGGAAGCAUUACAGUGAUGACAGCUGAUCAACUUGUGGAGUUUGCAAUGGGAUUAGUUAAUAGUAAUAUCCCAUUCUUGUGGAUUAUAAGGCCAGAUUUGGUCAUCGGUGAAUCAGCUGUUUUACCAGCUGAAUUUGCAGAGGAAACUGAAAGGCGUGGCUUUAUUACAAGUUGGUGUCCCCAAGAGGAAGUGCUUAACCAUCCAGCAGUUGGAGGGUUUCUAACUCAUAGUGGCUGGGGUUCAACCAUUGAGAGCUUGUGUGCUGGUGUUCCAAUGGUGUGUUGGCCCUUCUUCGCUGAUCAAGCAAUGAACUGUAGAUAUAGCUGCAAUGAAUGGGGAGUUGGAAUGGAGAUUGAUAAUAACGUCAAGAGGGAAGAAGUGGAGAUGCUGGUGAAGGAGUUAAUGGAAGGGGAAAAGGGUGAGAAAAUGAGGGGAAAGGCUAUGGAGUGGAAAAGGUUGGCUGAAGAAGCUGUUGGGCCAGAGGGUACAUCAUCCAUUAAUUUGGACAAGUUCAUCCAUGAAAUAAUCUCUUCAAACAAUUAGAUCGUCACACUAGAAAUAAAAAAUUCAUGAAAAGAUCAAAUUUCGUUCGUCUGUGAAAAGAUCGAAUUUCCUUCCCUGUCUGUUGCCUUCUAUUGGAAUUUAAAUAUCAUAAUAAAUAAAUGCUUCAUUUUCGAA